AUGAAUGAGAAAAUAGAGAGCCCGACGGUCCAGGAGGUCCCGGCAGACGUGCCGACUCCGACUCGGGUCGUUGACUGGACCAUCGAGGAAGAGAAAAAGGCAAAGCGCAAACUCGAUCUGAUCAUCAUGCCCAUUCUGACUCUUGGAUUCUUCUGUCUCCAGCUCGACCGGGGCAACAUGGCCAACGCCAUCACCGACAACUUCAUGCGCGACGUCGGCAUCAACCAGGACCAGUUCAACGUCGGCCAGCAGAUGCUCUCCCUCGGCAUCGUCCUCACCGAGAUCCCCGCCAACAUGGUCCUCUACCGCGUCGGCCCGGGCAAGUGGCUCACCCUGCAGCUCUUCCUCUUCGGCACCGUCAGCGCCUUCCAGGCCUUCCAGCGCGGCUACGGCGCCUUUGUCGCCACGCGCUUCCUCCUCGGCAUCACCGAGUCGGGCUUCAUCCCCGGCGGGCUCUGGACGCUGUCGACGUGGUACACGCGGACGGAGACGGCCAAGCGCGUCAUGGUCUUUUACUUUGGCAACCAGAUCGGGCAGGCGAGCGCCAAGCUGCUGGCGUUUGGCAUACUGCACAUGCGCGGCGUGGGCGGGCAGCCGGGCUGGUUCUGGCUCUUUGCGCUCAUGGGCGCGUUUACGGUGCUGAGCGGCUUCGUGUUUGGCUUUUGCCUGCCGGACUCGUUUCGGAACCCGAGGAGCACGUUUCUGCCAAAGUAUGAGUGGUUCACGCCGCGGGAGAUUCAUAUCCUGCAGACGAGGGUCUUGAUUGAUGAUCCGAUGAAGGGACAUAAAAAGACAAAGAUUCCUCUUGCUGCCUUUAAGAGAGCUUUUCUCGACUGGCGUAUUUGGAUUCACUUUCUGAUUACGCUUUGCAACAAUGGGCCCCAGCGAGCGUUCGAUACGUAUGCACCGUCCAUCGUGACCAGCUUUGGCUACACCGGGUUGAGCAGCAAUGCCCUGGCCGCCGUCGGUCUGUUCUUGCAGGUGCCUGUAUCCUUCGCCUUUAGCUGGUUUUCCGACAAAUUUAAUCGCCGGGGCGAAACCGUCAUGGUCGGCAUGUUUGGCCAUUUGCUCGGCUACAUCCUCAACCGCGCCUUUACCCAGGUCAACUCGCGCGGCGUGCGCUACUUUGGCGUCAUCUGGACGCAAAUGUUUGGCACGUUUUCGCAUCCGCUCAACAUUGCCUGGCUGUCGCUGACGUGCCACGACUCGGAGCAGCGCGCUCUUGCCAUGGCUGGUGUUAUUAUGAAUGCUAAUAUCGCCGGCAUCUACGGAGCCCAGAUAUUCCGCAGCGACGACAAGCCGCUGUAUAGACGAGGCUUUAGCGUCGCCAUUGCCAUCUUGUGCUUUGGAUUUGUGCUGGCGACUGCUCGCUGGCUGGAAGAGAAGAUACGGCUGCGCAGAAAGCGAAGGAGUGCGGCGGCAUAA